AUGGUCAGUUCCUUCCUUCGUCCCCAAGGCCCAAACCGCGGGGUGCGGCUCGGCCCCUUCCUCCCCGUCCUUUUCUCGCGCACUCGGCACUCGCAUAGUCAUCGCAUCUUGGCUGCUCACCCCCCCGGCACCUGCAGAAUCCCCAUCCGCGUUCCACUUCCACCGAGGCGGAGGAUGGCCUCCGACGACAGCAGCUCGAGCCACCCCACGGAGAAGAAGGAGGAGGCCUCCGCCGCCGCCGCCGCCGGUGGAGCUGGCUUCGACGAUCUGGAGGACCCGCGGUUCCAGUGCUGCGUAUGCCUGGAGCUUCUGUAUAAACCAGUUGUUAUUGCAUGUGGUCAUAUGUCAUGUUUCUGGUGCGUCCAUAAGGCUAUGCAUUACGCCCGGGAAUCCCAUUGUGCAAUAUGCAGGCAACCGUAUACUCAUUUCCCAAGUAUCUGCCAACUCCUCCAUCACUUGCUUUUAAAGCUUGAACCCGUGGAAUACAAAAAGAGGGAAAUGGAAGUACUAGAGCAAGAGAGGAGUGUGGAUACCUUUUCUCCACAAAUCAUCGAGUUCUUAAACUCCAAGAACAAUAAUGGUGAAAAUGGAGAAGAUUGGGGCAACAAGCUUGAAGAUGGCAAAACUGGACCUCCAGGAGAAGUCUCAGUUGAUGACAAUACUAUGAACGAACAUUCAAUGAAAAUAAAGUUAGAUGAUGUGUCUUGUCCUAUCUGCAAGGAGCUGCUGUAUCAACCUGCUGUUCUUAACUGUGGUCAUGUGUAUUGCAUAUCUUGUUUGCCUUCCGUGGGUGAUGAAGCAUUGAAAUGUCAAGUCUGUGGAGGUCUUCAUCCUGGAGAUUUUCCUAAUGUUUGUUUAGAUCUUGACCACUUUCUGGAAGAAUAUUUUCCAGCAGAAUAUGAAUCAAGACGCAAGAAACUUCAGCUUGAGAAUAGCCAAUGCAAUCCUGAAGGAUCAUCUUCAAGUACUUCAUGCAAGAAGGGAACUUUUGUACAGAAGACUCUAGACUUAUCAAAUGUUCACAUUGGAGUUGGAUGUGACUCAUGCGGGGUCUAUCCGAUACGAGGCAAGCGAUACAAAUGCAAGGAUUGCACAGAGGCAAUUGGAUUCGACCUUUGCGGGGAAUGCUACGACAGCACUUCAAAGCUCCCAGGCCGCUUUAAUCAGCAGCACACACCUGACCACAGGAUGGAACUCGACAAUUCAUCACUGUUUGACGCGUUCCUGAGAUUCCAAGGGAUACCCGCGGAGGGUCUGCAGCAGCUGGUACAACAAAUGGAGCUCAUUGGUGCUGGUGGCAUGGUGCAGUUAGUGGCUGAUGAUGAAGAGAUGGAGGACAAUCAUGAGGAUGCUUAG